AUGCUCUCUCGCAAAGCACUUUCACAGAUUGCCCUUCCUGGCAACACAGUCUUCCGUGCCAUAACGGUCCGCGGCUUGGCGACUGUCACCGACAGUGCAUAUACGUUUCCGAAAUCGUCUGCCCCACAAUAUAAUGCGAAGCGCAUUCCAGCGGCAUUGAAACUAAAGACCGGACAAGUAUUCAAUGGCAUCUCAUUCGGUGCCCAGACCGCUGUAUCCGGCGAAGCAGUCUUUACCACAUCUCUUGUGGGAUAUCCCGAGUCAAUGACCGAUCCUUCAUACCGGGGGCAAAUUCUCGUCUUUACUCAACCACUCAUUGGAAACUACGGUAUACCUGGCCUCAAGAAAGACAGAUUCGGCCUGUUGCGCUCGUUCGAAUCUGAUAGCAUCCAAUGUGAAGGCAUUGUCGUCAAUGAUUACGCCACUCAUUAUUCUCAUUGGACAGCAGUAGAGUCUUUGGGCGAAUGGUGCGCUAGGCACAAUAUCCCCGCCAUCAGCGGUGUCGAUACUCGAGCAAUCGUGCAUCUGUUGCGUAAUCAAGGAUCAACUCUGGCUAGAGUAGACGUUGGCGAUGAUGCCGUUAACACGAGUUUAGACAAGGCAGAGUUCAUAGAUCCGAAUACUAGGAACCUGGUUGCCGAAGUUAGUACCAAGGAACCCGUCUCCUAUAACCCAUACGGCGAUAUCAAUAUUGCAGUUAUUGAUUGUGGUGUUAAGCAUAAUAUCCUUCGCUCAUUGGUUUCACGUGGAGCUGCGAUCACGGUAUUACCAUGGGACUUUGAUUUCAAUAGUGUAGCCCAUCGUUUUGAUGGUCUCUUUAUCAGCAAUGGACCUGGUAACCCUACUACUGUAUCAACUACCGUUCAAAAUCUGCGUACCGCCAUUGCUACAUUCAACAAGCCCAUUUUUGGAAUCUGUAUGGGCAACUUGCUUCUCGGUAUGGCGGCCGGCAUGGGCGUACGCAAAAUGCGCUUCGGAAAUCGUGGUCAUAACGUUCCUGCUGUAGACCAGACGACGGGAUUGUGUGCAAUUACAUCACAGAAUCAUGGUUAUUGUUUGAUGGAUGAGGCUAUGCCUAAGGGUUGGAUGAAAUACUUUGUCAACGCGAAUGACGGAACCAAUGAGGGUAUCCGACACGUCAGUCUUCCAAUAAAGAGUGUGCAAUUCCAUCCUGAAGCAAAGGGUGGACCGGAAGACACCGAAUACUUAUUUGAUGAUUUCGUGGCCGAAAUCCGUGCUCAUAAGCUUAAGUCGGAAGGUUUGAUUGAUGACGUUAGAAAGAGCGUUGGUAUUAGUCAGAGCACGCAUUUGUAA